AUCCUACCCCCUCCCUAUACUGUGUACAGUGCUGAGUAUUCUAUGAAUAGCGCUGAGUAUGUGGAGGGACUUUCCCUGAAUAGGAGGAGACACACAAGCAAGAGGGAGAAAUGAAACUGAAAGUAAAUGAGCCAUUCCCUCCCCCGCACCCAGAAGACACAACAUACAAUAUAAUCCUUCCCCCCCCCCGGAAGAAGGAUCCGUCACUACCAGAGGAAUGGGGGACCCCCGGUACCUGCACCCCGUCUCCCUCCAGUGGGGUGACGGCCCUGAGAGGCUGAAGAAACUAAAAAAUAAACUUCUGCUGUAUUUCCAAAAGAGGAGCGAAUCUACCGGAGGAGAGUGUGAGAUCCGAGACACCGACUGCACCCGGGGAUACAUCCUCAUAAACUUCAAGGAGGAGGAAGCUCGGGAUCGGGUCCUCCAGAAAGGGCGCCAUCUGCUGACACUGCCCACUGGGGAGGAGUUACCUCUGACCGUCUCACUGCCGAGUACUGAGAGUCCGGACACCGCGGGGAAAACACCGGGAUCGGCAACUGGUUCCCAGGCCGCCCGUGCCGAGGAGGACAAAGCCACACCAGACGAUGAGGUGACUCCGGACCCCCCGUCCUCUCGGGUUCUGAUCGAGAACGUCCAGGACAGCCACACACAUGAGAUGUUAAACAUCCUGGUGGAGAAUACCAGUGAGAAGGUUGAAGAAACGGACUUCUAUGUGGAGAUCAUUCCGGAGAUCCGAUCUGCUGUUGUCACCUUCACAUGUGAUAUCGAUAUUCCGAGAUUCAUCAGAACGUUCUCCGGUAACCUCAGAGCGGUUCACUACAAGCUAACAGCGAGGCCCCUGGAAGAAUCCCAAAGUGUCCGGGUGGAGAAUGUCCCGGAGAACACAUCUGAGAUGCAUCUGACAGCUUUCUUUGAGAACCCAAAACAUGGAGGAGGAAGAGUAGAAGACGUUGUGAUGUUACCUGAGGAAAGAGCAGCACUGAUCACUUUUCGUCACAUCGCAGAUGUUAAAAGAGUUCUGAAGAAGGAUCACGUGUUUUCCAAGAAAAAGAUAUCCGUGUACCCUUACUACCCAUUGCUGGGUAUAGCACUGUAUGGGAAGGACGGACCUUGUAUAGAAAUACCAAAGCCUAUAGAGUUUAAUAUCAGUCCAUACAUAUUGGAACAUAUCUGUAAUAAUGAAGGACUAAAGAACAACAUCGAUGUGAAGAUGAAGAAUAAACACUGUGAGAUCAAAUGGCCAGAUCAAGACUGCCAGAAUCCUGUCCUUCAACUCAUCUUUCCUCCCACAUUGUCCACCAAUCUCAGGUCUGUGACAAAGAUUGUACCGAGAUGGAGUGACGACAUGUAUAAUGAAUUUUCACUUUUCAUAUCAAAGUUCAGAGUAAUAGAGUAUAAAAUGGAUGAGUCGGUCUGGGAAGCUAUUCGAGAACAUGUCAGCAGCUCCACCUAUGACGGAGUACUCAUCAGACCGGACUUUGGUUUAGAGAAACUUUUCUUGGCUGGAAUGUCCAAGGAUGUUGCGAAGAUUGACCCAACAUUCAGACAACUGGUAGAGGAAACCACCAAACAGGUGGAAAGAGAGAAACAAACCAAGACUGAGACCUUAUCUAUGUCUCCAGCCCUCUAUCAGAUUAUGUGUAACAGCGGCCUGAAGAAGAAGAUCCUGGACCAGGUUCCAGAGCUGAAGAUGGACUAUGAUGUGCCAACAAAGAAAGCCUGUCUAUCGGGACUGAGAGAAGAAGUGCUCAUGGCCAAAUGUGAAAUACUCAACAUCAAACAACAAAUGAAAAGCAAACUCAUCCAGAUGAAUCCGCACCUCGUCCAGUUCCUGGUAUCCACCGAUAAUGAGGAGAUGUCCACUCUACUCUUUGUACGUCACAACAUCAACGCAAUGCUGGAAAUUGAAGAUGGCGUUGUUAAACUGAUGGCUCAUUCAAUGGAAGACUUGAUAGAAGCAGAAAAGCAAAUUAAGGAAAAACUACUCCACAGACCACUUUUAGUUGAAGACAAAAGUCUUCUGAAAUCUCCAGAAUGGAAAAGUCUCCAGUCACAUCUACUUCAGUUAUUUAAUGCAGAGAAAAUCACCGUCCUGUUGGAGGAAUCUUCUUCGGGAACAGAGGACAACGUGGUCAUCGCCGGCCUGACUUCAAAUGUUAUGACGUGUUACGAACAAGUCAGCGACUUUCUGGAGAAGAACUCUACUAUAGAGACAGAAAUUCCAGUUCAACCUUCAGCAAAGAUGACGUUCCUCAUGGAGGAAAGGAAGGAGAUCUUGGAGAAGAUAAAGAAAAAUGUAAAUGUAACAAAGAACCAGAACGGUAUCCGCCUGUCAGGACCACGGGUGAAGGUUCAAGAGGCAGCAAAUACCAUUAGGGACAUUUUGCACUCACUUCACAGUGAUACUCUGCGUAUUGAGAAACCGGGAGCCAAAAAGUUUUGUAAGGUCAAUGAAGAAGUUCAUGCUACAACCGCAAGGACAACUUACCAUUGUCUGAUACGUUUAGAGGAGGCUGGUGUAGAAAAUGAUCCAUUUCAUAAACCCAGAUUCCAAACUUCUCUUUCAAAUGGAAUGACCCUCUCUGUAUAUAAAGAUAACAUGUGCCGUCACAAUGUAGAUGUCAUUGUUAAUGCAGCCAAUGAAGAUCUGAAACAUAUUGGGGGUUUGGCAAAAGCUAUUCUGGAUGCAGCAGGACGUAAAGUCCAAGAUGACUGCGAUCAGAUUAUCAGGAAAGAUGGUAAAUUGUCCACCGGAGAUUCAGUAUUUACUGACGCAGGGAAAUUGCCGUGCAAACAAAUCAUACAUACAGUGGGUCCCCGAUGGGACUCAAAUUCGCGCUCCAGAUGUGAACGGCUUCUACGGAGGGCGAUUACCACCAGUUUACAGCUGGCCUCCGAGAAGAGUCACAGCUCAAUAGCAAUUCCAGCUGUCAGUUCUGGAGUUUUUGGUUUUCCCAUAAAAUUGAGUGUUGAAAACAUAGUGGAAGCCAUACGGGACUACGUAGAGACGCCGGGACAACAGAGCACUUUACAGAGAAUCCAUCUUGUGGACACGAAGGAGGAAACCGUCAAAAUUUUCUCUGAGGUUGCAAAGGCCAAAUUUGGUAAGCAAACGGGUGCUGUGCCUUCUACAGUAACGGCACCCCAGCCGGUCACAAGAGCUGCACAGAGCCCACCAGCGCCAACACCAGUGAAUAGAGGUAAUGACAACACCGUGAUGACCAAGGAAGGACUGAAGAUCAAGCUGCUUCAGAAGAACAUUGAGGACUGCUCGACGGAUGUCAUUGUGAACAGUGUAGGAGCCGAUCUGAACCUGAAUGCUGGUGCCGUAUCCAAAGCCUUGCUGAGUCGGGCCGGCUUGAAUAUGCAGCAACUCCUGAACGAUGCAAGUCUCGGCACUCAGGGGCAUCCAGGAUCCCUGUUCAGCACCGACGGCUGCAAUCUCAACUGUCAAGAGGUUCUUCAUGUUGUGAGCCCUCAAUGGGACAGCGGACAAGGAACAUCGGAAAAGGUUCUUCGCACAAUUAUUAGAGACUGUUUGACGGUGGCAGAGCAGAACCAGUGGACGUCAAUAUCGUUCCCAGCGAUCGGAACCGGCAAUCUCGGAUUCCCGAAAGUUUUGGUGGCGUUUGUGAUGUUCGAUGAGAUUUUCCAGUUUAGCUGCAAAACCAAAGUACAGAAUCUUCAAGAAGUUCAUUUGGUCCUUCACCCCAGUGACAGGGACACCAUCAAGGCAUUUACAAGUCAUCUGGAAAACUCCACUGAUGCGGCCACUAGCGAGGCCACCAAUAGGCAAUCGGUUGGGACGGGAUCAACGUUCUUUGGGACGGUGACAAACCCCUUACUCGGGGUUCAUGAAAUGAAGAUCGGAUCUGUCACUUUUCAGGUGAAGACCGGCGAUAUCACCAAAGAGGAGACCCAUCUCAUUGUAAACUCUUCCAACCGAGACUUUUCUCUGUGCAGAGGAGUUUCCAAAGCGAUUCUAGAAGCUGCUGGACCGUCUGUUGUAUCAUCUGCUGUGGCGCAGGGUUCCCAACCUCAUAAGGGAUACGUCAUUACCGGGCCCGGACUCCUCAGACAGUGUAAACUGAUUCUCCAUGUGAUAGGACCACAGAAUCCGGCAUCCACCAAGAAAAUUGUCCUGGAUGCCCUCAAGACGUGUGAGAAGAAUCAAGUCUCCUCUAUCACCUUCCCGGCUCUGGGAACAGGUGCGGGGGGAUUAUCUGCCUCCAAAGUGGCCGAUUCGAUCCUCGAUGGUUUGGUGGACUUCAUCAAAACUAAAUCAGUCCGUUCUCUGCAGACGGUGAAAGUGGUUCUAUUCCAGCAACAUAUGCUGAACGAUUUCUACAUGAGCAUGAAGAAGAGAGAGGGGAGCGCCCUUCCCGAAACCAGAUCCUUCUUCACUAAAAUCGGUGGAUUCUUUAGUGGAGUCACCGAACGGUUUACGCCACCAAAAGCCCCGAAGCGAGUUCAGAAGCUCACCGCCUUCCAGUUGAUGGACGGCAUUGAGCCCGUGGUGUUCAGCUUGUGUGCCGAAGAUAAAAAGAGCGUGGAGAAGACGAAGGAUUGGCUACACAAGAUGAUCGACAGCGAGCAGGCAGAGAAGGUGAUCACAGAGGAAUGUAUCUCCGAAUUAGAAGAAGCCGAGGUGCGGAAGAUCUCCGACCUCCAGAAAAAGUUUCAGGUCUCUAUCAUCUACAAACCACCCGACCCCUCCAUCCGGAUUGUGGGCCUCACCCGGGACGUCCUACCUGUGUCCGGGGAGAUCGAAAAGAUUGUAAACCGGGUAAAAGACAGGAAGAACCGGGAGCGGGCAGCGGAGUUCACCGGGAAACUGGUGGAAUGGAGAUAUGACAAUGGAGGAACUAUGAUUCCCUUCGACAAGAUGACCAACCUGGAGCUGGAAGAGGCAAAAAAUGACAAGAAGGCCCAGAUCACAAUCCAGAUCCGAGGAAACCAAUAUACUGUCAGCGUACAAGGAGAAACGGCCACAGACCAGCGUGGGAACCAAAUUCAGAUCCAACGUGUUCUGAAACAUGAGGGGGAUUCCCAUAAAUUACCGUCACACUGGAAGACGAUGGGUGGGACUCUUGUGAUGGAGGUGGAUGUCAGUCCAGGAACCCCUGAAUUCUCCGCUGUACAGCAGAAAGUCCAGAGAACCUGCAGAAACCAAAUACUGAAGAUUCUGCGAGUACAGAACAGAGAUCUCUGGCUCAACUACCAGAUAAAGAAGCAGAACAUCGACUCCAAGAACGGAUCCACCACCAAUGAGAAAGAGCUUUUCCAUGGGACCGACUUCAACUCCAUCCAACACGUCAAUCAUAACGGGUUCAACCGGAGCUACGCCGGGAGACACGCCGCUGCUUAUGGAAAUGGAACUUAUUUUGCUGUAAAUGCAAAUUACUCCGCCAGUCACACAUACGCCAAACCUGAUGUAAAUGGACAGAAGCACAUGUACCUGGCCCGGGUUCUCUCCGGACUCUACUGUGUUGGACGCCAUGGGAUGAUAACCCCUCCAGCCAAAAACGCAGCCAACCCCACCGACCUUUAUGACAGCGUGACGGAUGACGUCCAGAAUCCUUCCAUGUUUGUGAUAUUUAAUGACAUCCAGGCCUACCCCGAAUAUCACAUCGUCUUCCAGUGAUGAUCCAUGACUGUGUCCGGGGAUCACCCAGACCUCCGGGGCAGAGACUUCUGAAAAUCCCCUGUUUUGGUGUCACCUGGUUAGAUCGGGAUCAGAGCGUGGCGCCAUCACUUGUCUACAGCGGCCAAUAAACACAGAUAAAUAAUUCCAGAGGAAACAAUCACACAGGGACUCAUCAGUGAAGGAGCCGAGAGUGAGGGGGAGGGGAAUUUCCUCGCCUCCCAUUGUCUAUAUCCUCUGGGAUCUCCAUGGGGCUCAUUUCUCCACAACUUCUCAUGUGCUGCACUCAUUCUCUGGGACUCCGAUCUUCACUCACUGAGCCUCAGACAGGGGGGAGCUGGCUAGUUCUGGCUGGGGAGGGAGAAGAGGGGUGGGGGGGUGGAGAUCAAUCAAAGUUGACCCCUAUGGUAUCACCAGUUUGCAUAUUUCCAAUAAUAGUGUAUUAGAGGUGACAUGGAGGUUCAGCAGAACUUCAUCCACCUUUGGAUACCAUGUGACUACACGACACCAACUCCAUGUUGCCAAAAACUAAGGGAAAGACUGCAUGGAGGAGCCAUGAUGGUCCUUCAGUCUUCCAUAGAAUAGUCAUGGUUGGGGGUUGUCUCUUCUCCCAGCCAAUCCAAGCCAUAUCAGCGAUCAAUGGUUCACCAAUGGACGAUGACAACAGGUAAAGUGCUAUGUAGUUGGUUUGUGCCGGGACCAACCACACAUCGCUCUAUGGGCCCAAUAGAUCAGGGUGACCAGACAUCCCCGGUUUCCGGGGACAGUCCCCGGAUUGAGGACACUGCUCCCCCGGACCAAGUCUGUCCC